AUGCCAGAGCUAAGAAAUGUACAUGAGUUGAAAAGUCUUCAAGGAAAACUUGCAUACAUUCGAAGAUUUAUCUCUAAUCUAGCUGGACGUUGUCAUCCAUUCAACAAAUUGGUGAAGAAAGAUGUACCAUUUGAAUGGGAUGACGCUUGUCAAAAUGCUUUCCAAAGUAUUAAACAAUAUUUAUCACGUCCACCAGUACUCACAGCUCCAGUUCCAGGGAAGUCGCUGACUCUUUAUGUUGCAGCACAAGAAUGUUCUCUAGGGGCACUCCUUGCCCAAGUUAACGAAGAAGGAAAAGAGAAUGCACUCUAUUACUUGAGCCGGACACUAGUAGGCGCUGAAAUGAAGUAUUCGCCUAUUGAAAAAAUAUGCCUCACGUUAAUCUUCUCAGCUAAAAAGUUGAGGCAUUAUAUGCUAUCACAUACAAUCAAUCUUGUUUCAAAGAUUGAUCCGUUGAAGUACAUAAUGUCCAGGCCGAUUCUUUCUAGAAGGAUUGGAAAAUGGGCAUUACUGUUGUCUGAGUUCGACAUCAAAUUCAUUCCACAAAAGGUCAUUAAAGGACAAACUUUGGCAGAUUUCCUUGCUGACCACCCAAUUCCAGCAGAAUGGGAACUUCAGGAAGACCUUUCCGAUGAAGAAGUUCUAUUCACCAAAAUCAUACCAUCAUGGAGACUAUACUUCGACGGGGCAACCCGAAGUUAUGGUGCCGGAGCAGGAGUGGUCUUCAUCACUCCUCAUGAUCUCCUCAUGCCCUACUCAUUUGCCUUAACAGAGAAAUGUUCGAAUAAUGUGGCAGAAUAUCAAGCUCUUAUCAUCGGCUUAGAGACAGCUUUAGAUAUGGAUAUUCACCAGCUUGAAGUCUUUGGAGAUUCUAAAUUGAUAAUCAACCAACUUUUAGCUGAAUAUGAAGUCCGUAAUUCAGACUUGAAACCAUAUCAUGAACAUGCAGCAAUGCUUGUGAGACGAUUUGAUUCGAUAAAAAUCAAAUUCGUCCCGAGAAGUGAAAAUAAGGAAGCUGAUGCCUUAGCUAAUUUGGCUGCUGUUUUAGCUAGAUCAGAUGAAGAAUUUUUCCACUCCAUAUCAAUCGCUCAAAGAUGGGUGCUUUUGUCAUUGCUAGCCAGUAAUUUGGAAGAAAACAAUAGUGUCGAAGUAGUCGAAGAUAAGGAAAGAGAAGAUUGGAGACAGCCAAUAAUUGAUUUCCUUCAACAUCAAAAACUACCAGAUAAUCCAAGGCGAAAAACAGAAAUCAAGAGGCGUGCCUCUCGCUUUAUCUUUUAUAAGGGAACACUUUAUCGACGAUCAUUUGAUGGAGUUUUCCUUCAAUGCCUAAGUAAUGAUGAAGCAACGCAAGUCGUGGAAGAAGCCCACUCUAGAAUUUGUGGUGCCCACCAGUCUGGACCCAAACUCUAUUUUCGAAUAAAGAGGAUGGGAUAUUACUGGCCAACUAUGGUACAAGACUCCAUGGAUUAUGCAAGAAAAUGUGAAGCUUGCCAAAUCCAUGGAAAUUUCAUCUAUCAACCUCCGGAACCAUUACAUCCAACAAUAGCUUCAUGGUCGUUUGAUGCAUGGGGUCUUGAUGUAAUUGGACCUAUAACUCCAAAGUCUUCAGCAGAGCAUGCAUACAUCCUCGUGGGGACCGACUACUUCUCUAAGUGGGCCGAAGCCAUACCAUUAAAGGAAUUUGGAUUCAAACAGUACAACUCGUCCAUGUAUAAUGCGGCAGCUAAUGGAUUGGCAGAGGCAUUCAACAAAACACUAUGCAGUCUGCUGAAAAAGGUUGUCUCCAGAUCAAAAAGAGAUUGGCAUGAGAAAAUCGGUGAAAUCUUGUGGGCUUAUCGAACUACUUAUCGGACUCCACCACAAGCCACUCCUUAUGCCUUAGUAUAUAGGGUAGAAGCUGUCCUUCCCCUGGAGUGUCAAAUUCCGUCACUUCGAAUUGCUAUCCAGGAAGGUUUGAUAACUGAAGAAAAUGCCCGCCUUCGAUUGGAAAAGCUAGAAACUUUGGAUGAGAAGAGGUUAGAAGCACAAAUGCAUCUAGAGUGCUAUCAAGCUCGAAUGGCCAAGUCUUUCAACAAAAAGGUGCGACCAAGAUCAUUUCAAGUUGGAGAUCUGGUACUUUUCGUGCGUAGGCCAAUCAUAAUCAUAAGAAAAAUAGGGGGCAAGUUCCAACCUAAAUGGGAUGGUCCAUUUCUUGUUACUCAUGCAUUCACUAACGGAGCGUACAAGAUCGUCGAAAAAGAUGGAUUGCAAAUCGGACCUAUCAAUGGAAAAUUUUUAAAGCGUUUUUACGCCUGA